AGAGCCAGGUUUGCAUCGGUGUUCUUCUUCUUCCAAGGAGGGAGAAGGAGUAGAGAGUAGCUAGCCAUGGCGGAGCUAGCGGUCGGGUUGUCCAAGACGGUGGUGGCGGAGGCGCUGACCAAGGUCCAGUCGGCAAUCGACGAGGACACGAAGCUCCGGCAGAAGGCCCAGCGGGAUCUGGUGACCAUUACCUUGGAGUUCGAGAUGAUGAACUCGUUCCUCGGCGUCGCCAACGAGGACAGGGCGACCAACAAGCUGGUGAUGACCUGGGUGAGGCACGUCCGUGAGCUGGCCUACGACCUGGAAGACUGCGUCGAGUUCGUCGUCCAUUUGGACGACAAGCGGAUCUUCUGGCGCCGGCUGCUUCCAGAGUGCGUGGUCGGCCCACUGCCACUGGACCAGGCGGUGACGGAGAUAGAGGAGCUCAAGGGCAGGGCCAAGGAGCUGAGCGAGUGUUACUCGCGCUACAGCCAUAUCUGCGAGCCUGCCUCCAAGUUCGUCAUGCUGCAGCAGCAGCAGGUAUCCAGCAGUGCCACCGGCGCAACAUCGUCCAACAUGCUCGCCGAGGCAAGGGACGCUGCCAGGAGGCAGCACGGCGGCUUUGGGGAUCUCACCCAGCUGAUCACCACCAACAAAGAGGACCACAAUGACUGCAAGCUUCAGGUGAUCUCGGUGUGGGGCACCGGCGGCAGUCUUGGGACAACCUCCGUCAUUAGGAAGACAUACAAUGAUCCAGAGAUUUGCAAGAACUUCGCCUGCCGCGCCUGGGUCAAGGUGAUGCAUCCUUUCGAUCCCCGCGAGUUCGUCCGGCGCUUCAUGGCCCAGGUGUACGCAAACUCUUGCGAUAAACAAGGGGUGGACAUCGGUGUGCAUGUCCUCAGGAAGAUGAAUUCAUGGCAAGAACGACUCCUGACGGAGUUUAUGCAGGAAGUCAACACCAAUACAUACCUUGUCGUCUUGGAGAACCUGACCGACAUGGCAGAUUGGGAUGCUGUAAGGACAUUCCUUCCUGACGUGAAAAAUGGCAGCCGCAUCAUCGUAUCCACGCAGAAUUUCGAGGUUGCAAGCCUGUGCAUCGGACAUUCAUACCAGCCACUGGAGCUCCAGCAGUUCCCGUCCGACCACUCUGUUUGUGCCUUUUUCUCAGAGGGUGCUCAAAAUUAUGGAAAUAAAGAAGACAGCCGAAUGAUGCCUGAAGUCUACCAAUCCUCCUCCUAUGGAGAAAUCUCCUCUUUCACUAGGGAAGCGGGCCAAAAAUGGAUGAAGACCUAUCCUCUUGUUGGACGCGAGUCACAAAUGAGUGAACUUCGCAGUUAUGCAGCUAAUGCACGUGUCAGCAAUUACCCAGUUAUUUCCGUUUGGGGAAUAGCUGGCAUUGGAAAGUCAGCUCUUGUUAGAAACUUGUACUAUGACAGAAUGCUUCACAGCGAGCAGUUUACCAAGUACUGUUGGGUGGAUGUAUCACGCCCUUUCAAUUUGAGGGAUUUUUGUCGAAGCUUACUUUUGGAUUUUCGUUCACAAAAGGAUCCAAUCGAAGAGUGCCGCAAGUUUCUGCAAGUAAAUCAUUGUCUCGUGGUUAUUGAUGAACUGGAAUCUGAAGAAGAAUGGGAUCUGAUAAAGGCUGUCUUGGUAUCUAGAGAUUCUGCUAGCGUUAUCAUUGUCAUUACAACUGAAGCCAGUGUCGCAACAUAUUGCACAAAUAACGAAGAUCAAGUGUGCAAUGUGAAAGGGCUAGAAGCAGCAGCAGCCUUUCAUCUAUUCCGAGAAGAGGUACGCAGAACGAAGUCAACUUCACAUCUAAUUAAGCACAACAGUGACGAGCUAGAUGAACUUAUUUUCAAGUGUGGAGGUCUUCCGAAAGUGAUAGUUGCUCUUGCGGAAUUAUUGGCCACACAGACGGUGAAAUUGAUGGAUAAUAUACAUUCUUUGAAUCACAGAUUUAUGCAUCAUCUAGAAACAAAUCCAGAGUAUGAUAGCCUGCGGGGCCUAUUUAGUUGGAUGCAGUCAUACUUCCGUAAUUGCCCAGAUUUACUCAAGCCAUGUAUCUUUUACCUGUCAAUCUUUCCUCGGGACUAUAACAUUCGGCGUAGGCGACUGGUUAGGAGGUGGAUUGCAGAGGGUUAUUCCAAGGAUAGCGAUGAAAUAUCCGCAGAAGAGAGAGCAGAGCAAUUCUUUUCCAAUCUCCUUCAACUGAGCAUAAUCCAGCAGUUACCAAAGGUGGUGACCACUGUGUUCGAUGACACAAAGAUGAUAUCGUGUCAAGUCAACGGAUUCAUCCGCGAGUACAUCGUCUCACGUAGAAUGGAAGAGAACCUUGUAUUUGAACUCGGGCACAAAUGUGUACUGACCACACAGCACACAGGGCGUCACCUUAUCAUAUUGAAAAGUUGGGACAGAGACAGAAUUGUGUUUGAUAGCAUCGACUUCUCCCGUCUACGGUCACUAACAGUGUUUGGAAAGUGGGAAUCAUUCUUCAUAUCAAAAAGAAUGAGGCUCCUUCGGGUGCUUGAUUUGGAGGAUGCGACGGGUGUAAAGGAUGAUGAUCUUCGGAAGAUGUUGAAGCUGCUGCGUCGCCUGAAAUUUCUCUCUUUGAGAGGACGCACUAAGAUAUGCUGUCUGCCAAAUUCAUUGGGUGAUCUCAGGCAGCUUCAGAGUCUUGAUGUGAGAUAUACCUCUAUAGUCACCCUGCCAGGAGCCAUCACCAAGUUAAAGAAGCUGCAGUAUAUUCGUGCAGGCACCACCAUCCCAGCAUCAACGCCAGAUGCCUCAACUAGCUUCUUGCCGGAGUUCCGCAGAUGUCGUCGCCUAGUUGGUGUUGUAGUGCCAAGCAGGAUUGGUGAACUGACGGCAUUGCACACGCUCGGUGUUGUCAACAUUGGUGCUUCAGGCGGGAAGGACAUCGUCAAAGAGCUCAACAAACUCACCCAGCUGCGCAAACUCGGAGUGUCAGGCAUCAACAAGCAUAACUGCGAACACUUCUUUGCAGACCCAGGUCAUGUCCAUUUAGAAUCUUUGUUAGUGCGACUCGACAAGGACAGUCAAAGUUGCUUGGAUGGGAUCUCCCUGCUCUGGAAGAACCUACGGAGUCUUAAACUGCAUGGGUUUCAGAACAAGUUGCCACUAUUGGCGGUCCAUCUUACCAAGCUCAGGAAGUUGGAUGUGGAGAUGAACACUUUAAAGAAAAAUGACAUUGAGCUCCUUGCUGAGCUACCAGAGUUAUGUAUUCUGCGCGUCAGAGUCGAGCAGCUCGAGGGUGGUAAGCUCCAUUUUUACGUCGAGAUGUACGGAGAGCAGUUGGCCACCUUCAAACAGGUGAAGAUCCUCGAGAUUGGUUGCAGCUCCAGCCCGUCACAUGUGGAAUUUGGAUCAAACUCAAUGCAAAAUCUUGAGGUGCUCAAGGUUGACUGCUACACUGCGUCGUAUCAGCUUACUGGCCUGAAUUUUCUACCUGAACUCAAACAAGUCUUGCUGAAGGGUGGCAAUGGUGAUAUCAAGACAAACCUCGAGACCCAGCUGCUUGCCGGCCAUCCAAGCACACCACCUGCUGUGGAGCUUGAAAAAUAACUACCAUGUUCGACCUAAAGGGUGAAUGGGUCAAGGGUGAUUGGAUUUCUCCUUCUGUUCUGAGCUGUGGCAACGUGACUGUUACGUUGUACUAGCAUAAAAGAUUGCCUACGUUGGAGUUACCACUUUAAGAUAGCAUCUUUAAAUUUUAGCUCCAUUUCGUUGUUCCUUCCAAAGAAUGUUUAGAUUUAUUUGUAUGAAUAAGUCCUUAGACUUGCUUGUAUUAGAAAAUUUAUAUGACGAGGCUUGCCGUUAUUUGUCAUAGCCUGAUAUGUAAAACUUUGAUUCAUUCUUCCGCAAAAAAAGAACUUUGCU